AUGGAGACGGCUAGAGAAGAAAUGUCCAGAAAGAAGGAGAAGCAAGCUGAGGAAGAAGAGGGCCUGGAAAGGUGGAAAACAGUUAUAGAAGAAAAAGAUCACAAUGCUAUCGUCAAGGGUAGUUGUUGUUUCUACAGGUCACCAACGACAGAAGCAACAGCGUGGUCUGAAAAUAUGGACACACUUUUAACCAACCAAGCUGGUCUAGAUGCUUUUCGGACAUUUCUAAAAUCAGAGUUUAGUGAAGAAAAUGUUGAGUUCUGGCUUGCCUGUGAAGACUUCAAGAAAACAGAAAGUGCAGAAAAAAUUGCUUCUAAGGCCAAGAUCAUUUAUUCUGAAUUCAUUGAAGCUAACGCCCCUAAAGAGGUUAACAUUGACUUCAGUACCAAGGACCUCAUCUCGAAGAAUAUUGCAGAACCAACUCUCAAAUGUUUUGAUGAGGCUCAGAAGUUGAUCUACAGUCUCAUGGUCAAGGAUUCUUUUCCUCGAUUUCUAAAGUCAGAGAUCUAUAAGAAACUUGUAAAUAGCAAACAGGUUGGAAAUCAUAAAAAAUGGCUCCCUUUCUUGUAA